CACCACCCGGUGAACUCCCUCCUCGCUCUCCGUCGCUCCACGGACCUUAUCGUCGCCCGACCCCGAUGGCCGCCGCGCCGCCGUCCUCCAUGUCCCCCGCCGUCCUCUCCUUGCCCUCCUCCCACCCCUACCCUUCCCUCCCCUCGCCGCCCAAUCUCCCAACCCCCAGGCCCCACCACAUCCACCUCGUCCCCCGCAUCGCCGCGUCCCUCGCCCCCCACCGCGCCUCCGCCUCUACCACCAACCGCCUCCGCGGCCUCGUCCUCCGCGGGGCCCUCGACGAGGCCCUCCGCCUCGUCAACUCCCUCGCGGGGCUCGCGGCGCCUGCGGGUCCCUGCGCCGCGCUCAUCAAGAAGCUCUGCGCGUCGGGCCGCACCGGGGACGCUCGCCACGUGCUGGGCGCGUGCGAGCCCGACGUCAUGGCCUACAACACCAUGGUCGCCGGGUACUGCGGCGCGGGCCAGCUCGACGCCGCGCGCAGGCUCGUGGCGGGCAUGCCAGUGGAGCCCGACGCGUACACCUACAACACGCUCAUCCGCGGCCUCUGCGGCCGCGGGCGGGCCGGAAACGCCCUCGCGGUGCUCGACGACAUGCUCCGCCGCGGGUGCGUGCCAGACGUCGUCACCUACACCAUCCUGCUCGAGGCCACCUGCAAGAGGAGCGGCUACAGGCAGGCCAUGAAGCUCCUCGACGAGAUGCGCGCCAAGGGGUGCGCCCCGGACAUCGUCACCUACAACGUCGUCGUCAACGGUAUUUGCCAGGAAAGCCGGGUCGACGACGCCAUCCAGUUCUUGAAGAACUUACCGUCGUAUGGGUGCGAGCCAAACACUGUGAGCUACAAUAUUGUGCUCAAGGGCUUGUUUACUGCAGAACGGUGGGAAGACGCCGAGGAGAUCAUGGCUGAGAUGGCCCAGAAGGGUUGCCCUCCUAAUGUGGUAACGUUUAAUAUGCUCAUCAGUUUCUUAUGCCGUAGAGGAUUGGUUGAGCCCGCUAUGGAAGUUCUUGAGCAGAUCCCCAAGUACGGAUGCACGCCUAAUUCGUUAAGUUACAACCCGCUUCUUCAUGCAUUCUGCAAGCAAAAGAAGAUUGAUAAGGCAAUGGCGUUUGUGGAACUAAUGGUGUCUAGGGGCUGUUACCCGGACAUCGUUUCAUACAACACUCUGCUUACUGCACUCUGCCGCAAUGGUGAAGUUGAUGUUGCUAUUGAAUUGCUUCAUCAACUCAAGGACAAAGGCUGCGCUCCGGUCUUGAUUAGCUACAACACGGUCAUCGAUGGCCUUACUAAGGCUGGCAUGACAAAGGAAGCACUAGAGCUGCUUAAUGAGAUGAUCGGCAAAGGGCUCCAACCAGAUAUAAUUACUUACUCAACAAUAGCUUCUGGUCUCUGUAGAGAAGACAGAAUUGAAGAGGCGAUUAAAACAUUUUGUAAAGUGCAAGAUAUGGGCAUAAGGCCCAAUGCGGUGCUGUACAAUGCUAUUCUUCUUGGACUCUGCAAAAGGCGUGAAACACACAAUGCUAUUGACCUGUUUAAUUACAUGAUAUCGAAUGGCUGCAUGCCAAAUGAAUCAACUUACACUAUACUGAUUGAAGGCUUGGCUUACGAAGGCUUGAUAAAGGAGGCACGGGAAUUGCUGGGUGAAUUGUGUUCUAGAGGAGUCGCAAAUAAGAAAUUGAUGAAGAAGGGAGCUGUUAAGAUGCUAGAUGGAGCUACAGACACUUAGUGAUGAUCAGUUGGAGUAUAUCAAUCUGAGAAUAUGUGUUUGUGCAUCUUCAGUAGGGGACUUUCUUGAUAGUACACUUAUGAUAUCUUAACCGAUGCCACUUUUUAUUAACAUAUCUCCCCAUGGUAUUUCAGGAGCUAUGGAAAAUUAACCACUUGCCAGUAGUCUGAUUGAAAACCCCAUUCUCAAGUCUCAAUAGCUGUUGUUCGUGGUUGGGAUGGGAGGCAUAUUGAAGUUGUCAGGUUCGGCUUCUCUUCCAAUGAAACAUAAUGUGCAGUGCUCAAACGCUAAAGGGACAUAAUUUCUACGAUUGCCAUCAGAAAGUGUUCAAGCAUUGAUUCUCCAGAUUUUAUGAAGCCAAAACACGAGCCUUACUUACCGUUUAACAGCCAUAUCUAGCCAUAUAUGCAAAGGCACUACUGGCAAUAUGCAAGGCACUGAUUAGCUUGGAAGUUUUGAAACCAUGCACAUCCACUGUACGUAAUAGUUCUUCCAAUCGGCAAAUCAAAAUUUUGGUUUAAGCGUAAGCAAGUUUGAAUUUAUCAGGGUUUGCACCUUCUCGACUCUGUUCUGACUUUGAAGUUCUCAGCAAUUUACUCUGAUCCAGUUUCAUUU